CGUCAAAACCAGUGCGUUUACAGAAGUGAAAUUUUUUGUUUUAAUUUUAAUCAAACUACGACAGGCAAUGAAGCUUACAAUUAAAAUACUCAAGGGAGAAGAGUAUGUCGUUGAAACCACCGAAGAUUCCACUAUUCUGGAUAUCAAAGUUGAGCUAGAACGAAAAAGUGCGAUACCAGUGGAGCAUCAAAAAUUACUAUUGGUAGGAAAAACCUUGGUGGAUGAGAAAACGGUUGCUUCUUACGGCACUAUAAGGGACGGAAGCAAACUGACGCUAGUGGUGAAAAAACCGGACUCCUUACGAGAUGUAAUUCAGCGACAUUUCAAGAAAUACCUCCAGGAAGAGCAAUCUCAGCGAUUAACAAACGAGUUUAUGAAAGACUUCGACGGCAAGAUACAGCAGCUUAGUUUGGAUGAUUUGGAAAAGAUAGCGGGAGAUAUUUUGGCAAAGAAAGGACAAAGAGUGUGAUGGUAAAAUAAAAAGAUGUACUAACCUUAUAAAA